ACAGUGUUGUAUGUUGUAAACGUAUAAUAGCUCCGUUAGCAUCAUGUUAGCAUCAUGUUAGCACCAUGUUGAAGCGGUCACACAUUCAUCCAGUGAUCACCUGCUCUGGUUACAUGUUAAACACGUCCCCGGCGGAGAUGCUGUGACCCGCGGUGUGAAGUGAACUCACCUCCGGGCUGAAGACGUCUCCUCCCGCCCUCCUACCCGCCUCCGGCUAUCCUCUACCGGGUCGUCUCCGGCUCCAGGUCCCGUCAUGUGGGUGUUCGGUUACGGCUCCCUGAUCUGGAAGGUGGACUUCCCCUAUGAAGAGAAGAAGAUCGGCUUCAUUCGAGGCUUCAGCCGCCGGUUCUGGCAGGGGAGCACCGACCACCGGGGAGUACCGGGAAAGCCUGGCCGCGUCGUAACACUGGUGGAGGACCCUGAGGGUUGUGUGUGGGGCGUCGCCUACAAACUGCCGACGGGCCAAGAGGAAGAAGUGAAGCGCUACCUCGACUACCGAGAAAAAGGUGGCUACCAGGUCAUCACGGUGACCUUUCACCCCCGUCCACCCCUCACUCCCCCUCCCAACCAGACGCUGCUCUACAUCGGCUCUCAGGACAAUCCCGAUUACCUCGGCCCCGCCCCUCUGGAGGUUAUAGCCAACCAGAUCGUCAGCUCCACGGGUCCGAGCGGGCAAAACUCUGAGUACCUUUUUAAGCUUGCCAACGCUGUGAGGACAAUUCUGCCUGAGGAUUCAGAUGAGCACCUGUUUUCUCUGGAAACCCUAGUGAGAGAGAGAAUACAAAACGGGAAGUAACACACACUCACGCAGGUUAAUUUAGAUUAAUAAUUAGAUUAAAAACAUGUCCUGCUCAGUUGUGAAUUUAAAGAUGGAUUUAGCAAAUAAACUCAGGGUUUAUGAUGCACUUGGGGCCAAUCAGGAUGUUUGUGGGGUUCAGAAAACAUGUUGACAAAGUCUUGUUCUUAUUCCUUUCAAUGUCACACUGCAAAGAAAUGUCACAUUAUUAUUGUAUUUUCUCUCUGUGAAGCGCCUUGGGUACCCUGAAAGGCGCUAUACAAACCCAAGUUAUUAUUAUUAUUAUUACAUGCAUUAAAAACUCUACACUAACUCUGAGUUACACACUCUACGCAAAAAAUGUAUUAAUGUUUGUUGACAGUAGUUUCAAAGUUCGACAAAUGUCAAAACAAAGCAUUUGAUUGUUGAUUGAUCACAAAUAUGCUUCGUAUAAACGUGUCUGUUUACUCAAUGUUCAAUAUUCAACAACACAAAGCAGGAAUGUUUUAAUGGAAUAAAUAAUAAAUAUU